AAAGGUCAAGGUACAAAAGAGAAAGGGAAGAGAGUGGGUGGGUGGUGAAGAGACCCAGAAGGCCUGAGACCCAGAUUGAGAGAGGGGAGAGCAAGCUAGAAGAGUCCGAGGAUGGCAGCGACCCAACGGACAGGGCCAGACUCCAGCCCCCAGAACCCUAGCACCAUCCCGGAGCUGAUUAAGAAGAAGAGAGAUGGGGCUCGCCUGGAGGACGCAGAGAUCCGGAGCUUUGUUCAAGGGCUGACGGAGGGCACCGUGCAGGAGGCGCAGAUAGGUGCCAUGUUAAUGGCCAUCCGACUACAAGGCAUGGACCUGGGCGAGACAGAGAUUCUGACUCGAGCUCUGGCUGAGUCUGGGCAGCAGCUGCAGUGGCCCGAGGCCUGGGGAGGGCUGCUGGUGGACAAGCAUUCGACAGGGGGUGUAGGGGACAAAGUCAGCCUGGUCUUGGCACCUGCUCUGGCCGCCUGCGGCUGCAAGGUCCCAAUGAUCAGUGGGCGGGGACUGGGGCACACCGGGGGCACCUUGGACAAGCUGGAGGCCAUCCCCGGCUUCUCGGUGGUACAAAGUCCAGAGCAGAUGCAGGAGCUGCUGGAGCGUGUGGGCUGUUGCAUCGUGGGCCAGAGUCGGGAGCUCGUCCCUGCAGAUGGAAUCCUUUAUGCCAUUCGGGAUGUGACUGCCACCGUGGACAGCCUCCCUCUGAUCACAGCCUCCAUCCUCAGUAAGAAGGCUGUGGAGCGGCUCUCAACCCUCGUGGUGGAUGUGAAAUUUGGAGAGGCUGCCAUCUUCCCAAGCCAAGAAAGGGCCCGAGAGUUGGCCCAGGCCCUGGUGGGAGUAGGGGCCCGUCUGGGGAUCCGGGUGGCAGCUGCAUUGACCACCAUGGAUAGCCCUCUGGGCCGCUGUGUGGGCCAUGGGCUCGAAGUAGAGGAGGCCUUACAGUGCCUGGAAGGAGGAGGCCCCACGGACUUACGGGACCUGGUCACCCAGCUAGGAGGAUCUCUGCUGUGGCUGAAUGGCCAAGCCCCAACCUUAACCAAGGGGGUAGCCCAGCUGGGCGCCAUGCUGGACAGUGGCUCUGCCUUGGGCCGGUUUCAGGCCAUGCUGGAAGCCCAGGGGGUGGCCUCGGACCUGGCCCAAGCCCUGUGCUCAGGAUCUUCUGCCCAGCGCCAAGGCCUGCUCCCCACAGCCCCCUUCAAGGAUGAGCUGCGAGCGGCUUCCGAGGGCACCGUACAGAUGAUCCAGGCCCUGCCCCUGGCCCAGGUCCUCCAUGAGCUGGGGGCUGGCCGAACCCGAGCAGGGGAGCCCCUCCACCAUGAUGUGGGGCUGGAGCUGCUGGUGACCAUAGGACAGAGACUCAGUGCAGGGACACCCUGGAUCCGAGUCCACCACAAGGGCCCCAGCCUGAGCCCCAGCCACCACCAGAAGCUGCAGGAGGCUCUGAAGCUGUCCGACGGGGCCCCCUUUGUGCCGGACCCCUGCCUGCGGGAGCUCAUCCUGCCGCCCUCCAUGAAAGGCUAACCCUUUGCCCAGGGGCAGACCGACUCCUGGAGGCCCAAACAGGCUCUGGCCUGCAGGCCAGCCCCCAGACCCCCGGGUGGGGGCUUCUCCUCUCCAAUAAACCGCCCUUCCGCUACUGA